AUGCAGCACAGGCCGGUGUGCGCGGGCUGCCACAGGCCAAUCGCCGACAAGUUCCUGCUGAGGGUAGCGGACGGCCUCCGGCACGAGGCGUGCGCACGCUGCUCGGCUUGCGGGCGCGCGUUGAAGGACUCGUGCUUCGUGCGCGAGCAGCGACUCUACUGCAAGCGGGACUAUGCUGAGCUGUUUCCAGUGCGCUGUGGGGGCUGCUCCGAGACCAUCUCUCCUACGGAGCUGGUUCUACGUGCUGGGCCUGCCAUUUUUCACCUGCGUUGCUUCACUUGCAGCGUGUGCGGCACCCCUCUGAGGACCGGAGAUCGCUGCGUGCUCAGGGAGGGUCGGCUUAUGUGCACCAGGGAGGACUACCACCGUCGUACGUGUAGCCCGACUUCAUCCGACACAGGAAAAAGUGAGGAUGUUGAUGAAGAUGAUGAGGAAAUGAAGGAGAGACUUACGCGUAGACCAACGAAAUAUGAUGAACAGGAGAGUAAACGUCCCAAAAGACCUCGUACUAUUUUGACCACCCAACAAAGACGCAUCUUCAAAGCCUCCUUUGAGGUUUCAUCCAAGCCGUGCCGAAAGGUACGGGAGACCUUGGCAGCAGACACCGGCCUUACCGUACGAGUCGUGCAGGUCUGGUUCCAGAACCAAAGAGCCAAGAUGAAAAAACUGGCUAGGAGACAACAGCAGCAGGAACAAGAUCAGCCAACUCAGGAGCAGCAGGAACAGCCAUCACAUCUCAAAGCGCCCUCCAAUGGUGUACCUAAUACUCAACUAGAGCACAUGGGGCCUUCCUACUCUCAUGGCCAGCAUCAGCAGCAGAUGGGAUUCACUGGAGUGGAGCAGCAAGACUUUGACCCGGACCACUUUAGACAGGGCCUGACCCCACCUCAGAUGCCAGGAGAUCACAUGCACCCCUACGGUUUGCAGGCUCUUUACGGCGACACUAUGGACACGGACUGCACAUCAUUGGGCGACGCCUCCUCUCUCCUCACUCCCAUCGAUUGCCUCUACUCCAUGCAGGACUCUUACUUCACCUCCUGA